GAGUCUCGCUUUGUCGCCCAGGCUGGAGUGCAGUGGCGUGAUCUCUGCUCACUGCAAGCUCCGCCUCCUGGGUUGACGCCAUUCUCCUGCCUCAGCUUCCCGAGUAGCUGGGACUACAGGCGCCCGCCACCAAGCCUGGCUAAUUUUUUUUAUUUUUAGUGGAGACAGGGUUUCACCGUGUUAGCCAGGAUGGUCUCGAUCUCCUGACCUCGGGAUCCGCCCGCCUCGGCCUCCCAAAGUGCUGGGAGUAUAGGCGUGAGCCACCGCGCCUGGCCUAUACUUGAUUUUUAAUGAAAACAUUCUUAAAUUCAUAUGGCUAACGCAAAUUUAUUUUCUGUAGGCAUAACAUCAAAAACACCUGGCAGGAUUGCCCCAUUCCCAGCACUGUCUAUUUCUCCCCUAAUAUCAGUGGGACUCCACUGAUGCACAGCUGUGAUCUACUAAAACUUCUCUCAAAACUUUCUCCUCUCCUUAGGUCAGCAGCCCCGCCCCUGAUCUAUUUGGAAAUCCCCUGAAUAAAAGUUGAAUAUCAUAAACCAAAGCGAACACCCAGAAAUUCAAAUUCAACCAGUAGGUAAAAAAUUUCUCAAGUGACUGUAGACGUAGAUGUCUCCAGUGUCGCCUCACUAAUAAAGUAGAAGAGGCCAGUGCGAUACUGUCUUUACACCCUUAACUUGGGUGCUAGAAUAUUUAUCUUCGUCAUCAUUUUAUCAUCCAAACUAUUUUGCAUAACUUUCAUGGGUGCAGAAAUUGUUUUUUAAGUGCUUGGUAAAAUAGUGAUAUUCAUUCAUUCAUCUCACUGAACAGGCAAUAAAUCCCUUGACGACAAGGGCCUUGGGGGGGCCACAUCUUCAUCUUUGGUUUAUGAGUCCUGUGCGUCUUGGUACAAGCAAUACUACUAUGAGCCGGCAAGUCAGACUUAUUUGGUAGGGGACCAAAGGAAAGAACAUGUUUUGAUUGCUAAGAAAACAUUUUGUUCUCUAUCCUUUACUGGGCUGGCAGGCAAAGGAAAUGUUCUUAUGAGCACUCACAUUGAAAACUUAAGUUCUUCACCAAAUGCAGAGACUCUGAAGGCCACGCCCCUGCGGGCUGCCUCCACAAUUCGACCGUCUCGGCGGGCCACGAGAUCCUGGCCACGGAUGCGGUGGCCGCGCCUCUGCUCGCACGUUCCCCCGGCCUCUGGACUCCCUCCCUCCCUCAAUCCCUCCCUCCGGCGGGCGUCGCUGGCGGGUGGCUAGGCCCAACGGCAGGAAGCCGACGCUAUCCUCCGUUCCGCGGCGCCGGGUCCGCCUUCCGUCUGUUCUAGCGCCUGCUCCUGCGCGGCAGCUGCUUUGGAAGGUCUCGAGCCUCCUGUACCUUCCCAGGGAUGAACCGGGCCUUCCCUCUGGAAGGCGAGGGUUCGGGCCACAGUGAGCGAGGGCCAGGGCGGUGGGCGCGCGCAGAGGAAAACCGGAUCAGUUGAGAGAGAAUCAAGAGUAGCGGAUGAGGCGCUUGUGGGGCGCGGCCCGGAAGCCCUCGGGCGCGGGCUGCGAGAAGGAGUGGGCGGAGGCGCCGCAGGAGGCUCCCGGGGCCUGGUCGGGCCGGCUGGGCCCCGGGCGCAGUGGAAGAAAGGGACGGGCGGUGCCCGGUUGGGCGUCCUGGCCAGCUCACCUUGCCCUGGCGGCUCGCCCCGCCCGGCACUUGGGAGGAGCAGGGCAGGGCCCGCGGCCUUUGGAUUCUGGGACCGCCCCCUUCCAUUCCCGGGCCAGCGGCGAGCGGCAGCGACGGCUGGAGCCGCAGCUACAGCAUGAGAGCCGGUGCCGCUCCUCCACGCCUGCGGACGCGUGGCGAGCGGAGGCAGCGCUGCCUGUUCGCGCCAUGGGGGCACCGUGGGGCUCGCCGACGGCGGCGGCGGGCGGGCGGCGCGGGUGGCGCCGAGGCCGGGGGCUGCCAUGGGCCGUCUGUGUGCUGGCGGCCGCCGGCUUGACGUGUACGGCGCUGAUCACCUACGCUUGCUGGGGGCAGCUGCCGCCGCUGCCCUGGGCGUCGCCAACCCCAUCGCGACCGGUGGGCGUGCUGCUGUGGUGGGAGCCCUUCGGGGGGCGCGACAGCGCCCCGAGGCCGCCCCCUGACUGCCGGCUGCGCUUCAACAUCAGCGGCUGCCGCCUGCUCACCGACCGCGCGUCCUACGGAGAGGCUCAGGCCGUGCUUUUCCACCACCGCGACCUCGUGAAGGGGCCCCCCGACUGGCCCCCGCCCUGGGGCGUCCAGGCGCACACUGCCGAGGAGGUGGAUCUGCGCGUGUUGGACUACGAGGAGGCAGCGGCGGCGGCAGAAGCCCUGGCGACCUCCAGCCCCAGGCCCCCGGGCCAGCGCUGGGUUUGGAUGAACUUCGAGUCGCCCUCGCAUUCCCCGGGGCUGCGAAGCCUGGCAAGUAACCUCUUCAACUGGACGCUCUCCUACCGGGCGGACUCGGAUGUCUUUGUGCCUUAUGGCUACCUCUACCCCAGAAGCCACCCCGGCGACCCGCCGUCAGGCCUGGCCCCGCCACUGUCCAGGAAACAGGGGCUAGUGGCAUGGGUGGUGAGCCACUGGGACGAGCGCCAGGCCCGGGUCCGCUACUACCACCAACUGAGCCAACAUGUGACCGUGGACGUGUUCGGCCGGGGCGGGCCGGGGCAGCCGGUGCCCGAAAUUGGGCUCCUGCACACAGUGGCCCGCUACAAGUUCUACCUGGCUUUUGAGAACUCGCAGCACCUGGAUUAUAUCACCGAGAAGCUCUGGCGCAACGCGUUGCUCGCUGGGGCGGUGCCGGUGGUGCUGGGCCCAGACCGUGCCAACUACGAGCGCUUUGUGCCCCGCGGCGCCUUCAUCCACGUGGACGACUUCCCAAGUGCCUCCUCCCUGGCCUCGUACCUGCUUUUCCUCGACCGCAACCCCGCGGUCUAUCGCCGCUACUUCCACUGGCGCCGGAGCUAUGCUGUCCACAUCACGUCCUUCUGGGACGAGCCUUGGUGCCGGGUGUGCCAGGCUGUACAGAGGGCUGGGGACCGGCCCAAGAGCAUACGGAACUUGGCCAGCUGGUUCGAGCGGUGAAGCCGCGCUCCCCUGGAAGCGACCCAGGGGAGGCCAAGUUGUCAGCUUUUUGAUCCUCUACUGUGCAUCUCCUUGACUGCCGAAUCAUGGGAGUAAGUUCUUCAAACACCCAUUUUUGCUCUAUUGGAAAAAAACGAUUUACCAAUUAAUAUUACUCAGCACAGAGAUGGGGGCCCGUUUCCAUAUUUUUUGCACAGCUAGCAAUUGGUCUCCCUUUGCUGCUGAUGGGCAUCAUUGUUUAGGGUUCAGUGAAGGAGGGGGUUCUUCCUCACCUUGUAAACAGUGCAGAAAUGAAAUAGCUUAGCUGCAAGAAGCCGUUGAGGCGGUUUCCUGAAUUUCCCCAUCUGCCACAGGCCAUAUUUGUGGCCCGUGCAGCCUCCAAAUCUCAUACACAACUGUUCCCGAUUCACGUUUUUCUGGACCAAGGUGAAGCAAAUUUCUGGUUGUAGAAGGAGCCUUGUUGGUGGAGAGUGGAAGGACUGUGGCUGCAGGUGGGACUUUGUUGUUUGGAUUCCUCACAGCCUUGGCUCCUGAGAAAGGUGAGGAAGGCAGUCCAAGAGGGGCCGCUGACUUCUUUCACAAGUACUAUCUGUUCCCCUGUCCUGUGAAUGGAAGCAAAGUGCUGGAUUGUCCUUGGAGGAAACUUAAGAUGAAUACAUGGGUGUACCUCACUUUACAUAAGAAAUGUAUUCCUGAAAAGCUGCAUUUAAAUCAAGUCCCAAAUUCAUUGACUUAGGGGAGUUCAGUAUUUAAUGAAACCCUAUGGAGAAUUUAUCCCUUUACAAUGUGAAUAGUCAUCUCCUAAUUUGUUUCUUCUGUCUUUAUGUUUUUCUAUAACCUGGAUUUUUUAAAUCAUAUUAAAAUUACAGAUAAAUAAUAAAUAAAGCAGAAGCAACCUUUUUCCCUCUUCCCAGAAAACCAGUCUGUGUUUACAGACAGAAGAGAAGGAAGCCAUAGUGUCACUUCCACACAAUUAUUUAUUUCAUGUCUUUACUGGACCUGACAUUUAAACUGCAAUGCCAGUCCUGCAGGAGUGCUGGCAUUACCCUCUGCAGAACAGUGAAAGGUAUUGCACUACAUUAUGGAAUCAUGCAAAAGGAAAAAAAGUUUCAUGAUAUCUGUUAUUGGCAGUUUUUGUUUAUCUCUGACAGUUUUUAGUUAAAUGUUUAGAUCCUCAGAACUACAUCAGUGCCUACUAUUAACUUACUCUGUCUCUUGUUAAAGGCUAAACCUGCGCUUCUCCCUGGUGCCAGCAGGUUCCCCUCACAGUCAAUGCAUGGUAUAGCAUAUCCUCACAUUUCCAGUGCCCUUGAGACUGUGCUAUGGAACCAAUCUUGAACAUACAUGCAUUGACUUGACAAGUUACUGAGUAAGCAGCAUAUUCAGCAGGUGCCACUACAUGCCUACUCUGCCAGACACUGAGCUGGGGGCCUAGGGAAGAUAGAGAAUUAUACAAGGCAAAGUCCUCUUUAGGGCUCUUACAAUCCAUCACUUCCAAAAAGUAAAUGGUGACUGAUAAAACAAUUGGCAGAACCUGUUUGAUUACUGUGACAGUCUUAAUGAUACCAUAAAUCAAUAUUAGAAAGCUAGUUGACUUAAAGCCUGAAAUAAUGGGAGUUUUCUCCUCCACUUAUUAGAAUAAGGACCCUCAGUGACUAAUUAUUGUGGGUAGGGUCAAGAUUAACUAGUUUUAUACAGAGUUCUGCUGUAAAUAGUCAUUUUGCAUUUGAUUAGUGCAGUUCUCUGAAUCAUAAAGCAAGUUUUACCUCUCUGUACAUGUUUUUGCAGACAUACUUGAAAAGCUCACUUAAAUCUAGGUGCUUCAAUUCACUUUCUUGAGAGGACAAAUGAAAAGCUGUGGAGAAAAUGUCCCCAUUAAAGUAUUAAAGUGUGGGCAGAAUUACAAUUACAAAAUGCCAGCCACCGAAUAAAGAUAAAAGUUCAGUUCUUAAAAUGAGUUUUUAUGAGAUAACAGUCAGUGAUCUUGGUGUUACUGGGAUUCCACAUGGGGCAGUGGGAAAGAGUUCAGGUUUUGAAGGUAACCUAGUUUAGAUUUGAAUUCCAGCUAUGUGACAUUGGGUAAAUUAGUAGUAGUCCUGAGCCUCAGCUUCCUCAUCUAUAAAAUGACUGGCGAAAAUACUUCACAAGCUCAUUUUCAGCACUUUAGGAAGUAAGUGAAAGUACCUAAAAUAGCAGGCACCCAAUUGAUGAUUUUAUAUCUUCCUUCUGUGCUUGCAGUGAUUUCAGGAUGUCCUCAUAUCUAUUUAUAGGUCUAAAAUUGUAUCUUAAGGUAUGUUGUAGAAUAAAUCUAAAAUAAAAAGGAUAAUCUAAAUCACCAUUUAGAUUAAGCUUGACUUGCAAACUAGGAAGAAGCACCUAGGCUUUCUUUGAAAAUAUUUUUUUGGUUCGUUUUAGUAAAGCUCUAUAGUUAAAUUGGUAUCUAUUAUUUUACCAAUUUUUUUUAGUAUUAAGUCCAUUUAGAACUAACCAUAUUAUUUAUGGAAUAUUUAGCAUGAGGAAGGUAUAAUUGCAUUUUUUUUUUUUUUUUGAGAUGGAGUCUUGCACUGUCGCCCCAGCUGGACUGCUGUGGCGUGAUCUUGGCUCACUGCAACCUCCGCCUCCCAGGUUCAAGCGAUUCUCCUGCCUCAGCCUCCCGAGCAGCUGAGACUACAGGCGCCUGCCACCACGCCUGGCCAAUUUUUUGUAUUUUUAGUAGAGACUGCGUUUCACCAUGUUGGGCACGCUGGUCUUGAACUCCUGACCUUGUGAUCCACCUGCCUCGGCCUCUCAGAGAGCUGGGAUUACAGGUGUGAGCCACUGUGCCCAGUCGUUGCAUUUUUAUUCACAUACACAUUGUUAAUGUGGAACAAUUUGUUAACACUAAUCUCAUCAGAGAGCGAGAUGAAUGUGGCAAUUGCUCAUUUUAUUUUGCAUAUAUUAAAUUGAGUAGGUUCAGCUCUAACAUACCUUAAGAAAAAUGCAUAUCGGUGCACUGUAUGUAUUUCAAAAUGCCUUUCCUAUGAUUGUCAUGUCCUCCUUUAAGGCUUUUCCCUCAAAUUUAUUACAAAUUUAGUAUUUUUAGUACUUGAUGACUCUAAUUACAUGAACGCACCUGGAAUGACAUUUGUAACAGAAGACAGUCUGACUUGCUUUCAGUAUUCACAAGUUCUUUCCAGUUUCCAAGUCUUUUCCUAGCAGUAAUUUAGGGGAGACAGAGGGGUUUCAUGUAAAGAGCAUGCAGUUUGGAGUCAGAACCUGGGUAUGACUCUGUGGCCUUGAUGAAGCAAGUUACUUAAACUCUUGAGUUUUAGCUUUCUCCUUUACAAUGCAUGAAUGCCUAUCCCCCUACAAAACAAAGAUUAAAUGUGAUGAUGUAUGCCAAGGUGCUUUGUAUAUUGUAAAGUGCUAUAUAAUUAUAAGAUGUUCUAAAUUUUCAAGGAUCUAAACCAGGGAUUGGCAAACGUUUUUCCAGGGAGUAAAUAUUUUACGCUUUGCAUAUAUAAUUUAUGGAGGUGUUGAGAGGAUAGAUUAGACACUUGAAGUACUCAGCAUAGUGCCUGGCAUGUAGGAAGCACCUUUAAAAUAUUCGCUGUGAUUACCAUCAGUCCAUUUUACCGAGGAAGGAGCCAAGGUCCAGGCCCACUGAAGGACUUGCAUAACAUUACAGUAGCAGUGGCAGAACCAGCCAUGCUUGUGCAAAUCACAACCUCUUUGAGCCUCUGUCACCUGAACUGCAAAAUGAGUGGGUUAGACAAAAUCAUCUCUUGGGACCUCCUAGUUCCACGUGCUAUCAUUCUACUAACUGGCACCCUAAGGUUGAAAGUGCUUAUCCGCUUUCCAAUGUGGCUUCCUUACAGUCUGGAACUGACAAUAUGCAGGAGCAGUAAACUCGCAGAAAACCAGGAAUCAGAGAAAGAAAACAUAAUUUAACUUUAAAGAUGUAAAUUAUAUAUAUAGUAUAUUAUAUAUAUUUUUAAAGCUUUAUAUGCCUCAAAUAUCAGGGAAAGGAGCCAAGUCUUUGGUAUUUAGUUUGGUGAAUACUUGCAUUGAAUACAUGUCAAGAUGUCAAGUCAUUUUUGAAUGUGUCUCAGGGAUUUCUAUGCUACACACUUUGAACAAAUCAAGUAUUUAUGUACACAUGUUCAGAUUUUUUGACAAAAUGAUUAAAAUAAUGAGAUGGAAAAUGA